AUGGAGGCUUCGCGCCUGGCAGACGCGGGGGUCCCUGAAGGAGGUGCCGGCUGGGUGGUCAUCGCAGGGUGUGCCGUAAUCACCUGGUGGUUCAUCGGAACUUCCUACUGCUGGGGUGUGCUUCAGGCAGCGCUGGUCAAGGAGGGCGUUUCAUCCGCAUCCACCCUGUCUUUUGUGGGAUCGUUGGCCCCAGCCUGCAUCUCGUUUCUGGGAAUUCUCAAUGCUCGGGUGAUCCGCCAACUGGGAACUCGGACGUCAGCUCUCCUGGGGAUAUUCAUGCUAAGUCUGGGAGAGAUCCUGAGCGGAUUCGCCGUCAAAGAGGUUGGUGGACUUUUCGUCACAGCCGGUGUCGUAAUGGGCGUCGGAACAAGUCUCUGCUUCAUGGUGGUCUCCAUCACCCCGGCGCAAUACUUCAAAGCCAAACGCGGCGUCGCCAACGGAAUCGUCUACGCAGCCGGGGGGCUCGGCGGCGCAGCCAUCAGUUUCAUCCUCAACGCAUUAUUAACCCGCGUCGGCACGGCCUGGACAUUUCGUAUCUUGGGAUUCAUCACAUUAGCCACCGGUCUCCCUGCAGCAUUCCUAGUCAAGCAGCGGAUCCCGAUUCCGCCCUCUGCCUUUGUCGAAUGGGGUCUCUUCCGAGACAUCCGCUUCCUCCUCCUCUUCGCCGCGGGGGCCAUCGCCACCUUCCCUCUAUUGGUCCCUCCCUUCUUCCUCCCCUUGUACACCAACUCCAUGGGAAUGGGAUCCGCCGCGGGGGCCGGUGUCGUCGCAGCAUUCAACUUUUCCUCCGCCAUGGGCCGUCUCACCUGCGGCUUCGCCAGCGACACAAUCGGCAGUCUCAACACGCUCUUCGUGUCGUUGUUGCUUAGUGCGUUGAGCAUGUUGAUUAUCUGGCCUGUUUCGACGUCCAUUGGACCACUGAUAGUAUUCGUUAUCAUCAAUGGUAUGGCGAACGGGGGGUUCUUCUCUACGAUCCCCACUGUGGUGGGAAAUGUCUUUGGAUCUGCGAGAGUGAGUGUUGCCAUGGGGAUGAUUGUGACGAGUUGGGCGGGGGGGUAUCUUUUGGGCUCUCCGAUUGCGGGAUAUAUUCUUGAUGCCAGCGGGGGUGAAAAGGCGGGGAUUGGGGCGUAUCGACCGGCGAUUUUGUACGCGGGGUUUAUGGCGUUGGGAGCGGCGGUGUUGGCGGCGUUUAUACGGUUGAAGACGGAUAGGAGGUUGAUGAGGAAGGUGUAA